UGCCACUUGCCACCAUGACGUCAGCUCAGGGCUGAACUUUCUACCUGUGGCUGGGACCUUAAAUGAGCUGACGCCAGAGGAGAAAAGCGCUUUCUCUAAGGUUUAGCAGCAAGUAGCAGCAGCAACAGAAGCGGCAAUGAGACACCGUCUAUUUCUUGCAGUGUUGCUCAGCCUGGCGUUGGGCCUUUUGAAAGAAACCACUGCUGCCACUGGAGGAGAAGAAUCAAAAGCUUCAACAACUGUGCCAACAACCUCAAAAAAUCCAGAAAGCAACGACCAAACUGUAGCAACGCCUGCCCCAUCAGUGAAUACCACCUCAGAACCUCCAGGAAGCAACAACCAAACUGUAGCAACAUCUACCCCAUCAGUGAAUACCACCUCAGCACCUCCAGAAAGCAACGACCAAACUGUAGCAACGCCUGCCCCAUCAGUGAAUACCACCUCAGAACCUCCAGGAAGCAACAACCAGACUGCAGCAACGCCUGCCCCAUCAGUGAAUACCACCUCAGAACCUCCAGGAAGCAACAACCAAACUGUAGCAACGUCUACCCCAUCAGUGAAUACCACCUCAGAACCUCCAGGAAGCAACAACCAAACUGUAGCAACAUCUACCCCAUCAGUGAAUACCACCUCAACACCUCCAGAGAACUUCUGCAGUACAGAACCUUGUGGAAGAAACUUUGCUAAAUGUGUUCCUUUAAAGAGCAGUUAUACCUGCCAGUGCGAAUUUGGAUUCUACUAUAGCAAGGAGGAUAAGAAUUGUUACAAAGGGGAUGUAUACCCAGGGCUCAUUAGUGUGAAUGAAUAUUACAAUGAGAGUGUUCAGAUUGUAAAUUCCACAGAGUACGAAGAGGUGUUCAACCAUGUAUCAGAAUUUUUUCAAAAGGCCUUAGCAAGUUUACCAGGCUAUGUAGAGACUGUCAUUGUGGAAAUUAAACCUCAAAAAGAAAUCAGAGCUGAUUCUCAAACAGACAUAACUGUGAUAAACCUGUUUAAGGAGAACUCAGAUGUGACCAAUCAAUCAGUUUCUGAUGCAGUAAUGAAAGCAAUAACUGAAAGUCCGUCCUAUGUCUCUUCUUACAAAGUGGUGAAGAAAUGUGAUGUGUUUCAAUGUGAUACUCGAACCACAGAGUGUGUAGAAGAGCCGGUUCUAGAAUGCAAAUGCAAAAAUGGUUUAGGAAAGAUAAAUCAGGAUGAUCGUUUUUGUUUAGUUUGCAGUGAAAGCUGUUUUGCAGAAGUAAACAAGUACUGCAAAAUACAAAAUGGGAUUCCAGCAUGCACAUGUAUGACUAACUUUGAAUACAGGAAUGGAAAAUGCGCAGCUUGUCGAGUGGGCUAUUCUGGGGAGAAUUGCACUGACAACACCGAACUCAUCCUUAUAAUAGUGGGUACAGUUUUAGGAGCCGUUAUCCUGACUUUAGUGAUAGCAGUCACUAUAAUUUCAGCAAGAACCAAGGACAAACAAAAUUCAGAGAAGAAGAGGCUGAUAAAGUCAGGAUAUUCCAACACAGAUAUCUCUGAUGAUAGACCGACCUUGAUGUUCCCCAGAGUCCAGACCACUUCUGGUCAUGCAAACCCAGGAUAUCAGUCAAACAACCCAUAUGAGAUGCCUUCCACAGAUAGAGGUCAUUUUUCGGAGACGGGUUUUGAUGAUUUGUACGAACCAUCACAGGAGCGUGGGGGCUUUAGGACGCAGAGCAGAUACUAAAUGACAAGAGCCGUAGAAGGACGGAUGACCACCACAACACUGGAUCAGACCAAAGAGUUUUGCAGCCUCUUACCAAUGCAGUUGCUUCAGCAGAGGAGACAACAAAGUCCUUGAUCCCAGAUUCUCUCAAGAUUUUCUAAAAGAAGACCCCCGCUUGAAAGAGAUCAUGGACAACUCUGAAAUAAGGCGAAAAUGUAGUAGGGGAUAGGGAGAAGAAGAAGAUCUCUUAAAAGAACUAAUGAGCUUCAAUAAACAUUAGACUUCUUUGAGAAGACCAGUACAUUGGCAAGAGAGUGAGUGUAUACAAGAUAUCAGGAUUUUAAUCCUGCUGUUUUUCAGUUCUUCUGGAAGAUGGUCCAGGCUGAAAAAUGUCAGCACCCAGAGCUUUGCCUUUAUUUGUGCUCAUUCAGUUUCAGCUAAGGCUUUGGGCAGGUCAAAACUGUUUUUUCACGAGAAUCCACUGUGUUUCACUUUACUAUAUCAGAUACAGCCUUUUUUAUCCUCCUCAACUCCCCAGUAUUUCCUACCUGAAAGCAUUCUCUUCAGAUCUCUGCUGACAUGUGUUGCAUAAGACAAUGGCACUUGUCUGACCUUUUCCACAGCCUUCCUUUCCAAUAAAAUGGCAAGAAACAAUAUCUUCAAACAAACAACUUUGUUCUCCUUGUUGCCCAACUGCAUUGAUUUUACAUUCUCAGUUCCUGUGGAAAGUGUUAGUGUUUUUUUCUCUUACUCUCUUUAUAUUUGAAUGAUCUUACGGUUGGUGUUGGGGUUUUUUCCCGCCUGAUUUCUUACAUAUGGUCAGUAAAUCUACCUGUAAAAGAAUCCACAUUUUACCAUAUUUUACCGAGUGUGCAUUAUCUAUUG